AUGGCCAUCCCUCAGGUCAAAAGUCUUCCCGGCUGCUGCCAUCAGGUCCACAGGUUUCGCUUCUUGUCGCAGGGGAAGGUCACCCCGUGGACAGCCAGGACCAGGCCAGCGCCUGCCGAACUCCACUGGGGGCUACAGGAGGCCCUCGACGCCCGAGACUUGAGCUUCGGUGUGCCCGUUCACGCCCUACUGGUAAAGGCCCCCGCUCACUUCGCUGGCUCACUCUCUCUGUGGAACAAGCUCCUCAAUCUGUACGGCCGGUGUGGUCAGAAUCGGACGACAAUGAGGCUUCUGUUCGAUGAAAUGCGCGAGAGAGAUGUGGUUACUUUCAACACCAUGAUCUCGUCGUGUCUCCGCAGUGGGGACAACCGUGAGGUCGCUCGAGCGGUAGAGCUUUACUCGCUCAUGCGAGGGGGUGGGAUAAAGCCGAACAACAUCACACUGUCCAUGUUGCUCGCAGCUUCCUCUUGCUCACCUGCGCCGCUCUGUCUAGUUGAGCAGAUUCAUGCGCAGUCAGUGAAGAUGGAGCUCGCCGGAGAUGGUUUCGUGGGGAGUGCACUGGUCAGCGGGUACAGUAGGUUUCAUAGCCUGGAGCAAGCGAACCGCGUGUUUGAUCGUAUGGACCAGGUGGAUGCCGUCGGCUGGAACAUCUUGAUCGACUCAUGUGCCCGCAGUGGUACCGCUGAGCGCACAGUGGAGAUCUUCUCCCGCAUGCGGCGCCAGGAUGGCGAGAACGAAACUAUUGAUGGCUUCUCUCUAACCAGCGUUCUGAAGACCUGUUCUGAGCCGAAGUAUCUGCGAUUAGGUACGCAGAUCCACGCCUGUGCCUUCAAAGCUGGAUUUUCGUCGGAGACGCCCAUUGGAAAUGCUCUAAUUACAAUGUACUCAAAAUGUCAGAAAUGCAAGGAAUCCAUGGCUGCAGUCUUUCAGACUAUUCCACAGCCCAAUAUUAUCUCCUGGACCGCGAUGAUCUCCGGGCUAAUGCAAAUUGAGCGUCACGAAGAAGCCAUUAGUUUCUACAUGGACAUGCUGAGAAUGGGUUUUGCGGAGAACGAAUUUUCUUUCGCCAGCGUGCUUCCAGCUUUCAGUGGCCUCGCAAGCCUUCAGAACGGAAGGCAAAUUCAUGGCAGGGUCGCAAAAUCAGCGCAUGGGAUUGACGUGGCCGUCGGAAACGCUCUCGUUGACAUGUAUUUCAAGUGUGGCAGCCUAGAAGAUGGUCAGCGUGUGUUUAGGACCAUGAAGAAUCACGAUGUGGUGUCAUGGACGGCGAUGAUAGGCGGGCUAGGUCAGCAUGGGAAGGCCAGGGAGGCCCUCGAGGUCUUGCAGGAAAUGGUAGCCGGGGGCUAUAAACCAGACUCUGUGACUUUCCUUGCAGGUUUAUCUGCCUGCAGCCACGGAGGCCUUGUCAAUGAUGGGUUCAAGAUUUUCCACUCCAUGACUAGCAUCUACCGCAUCAAGCCCAUGAAGGAACAUUAUGCCUCUUUAAUCGAUUUGCUCGGUCGGGCAGGGAAGUUGGAGGAUGCCGCAAGAUUCAUAGCGGAAAUGGGAUUAGAUUCGGAUCCCCUAGCAUGGGAAACUCUUCUUGGUGCUUGCAGGAUCCAUGGGGACACACCCCUUGGGGAAAUAUCGGCAAAGAAGAUCAUGGAGUUGGAGCCCCAGAAAGAAGGUGCGUAUGUUAUGCUCUCGAAUAUCUAUGCUGAGAAGAGAAUGUGGGAACAGAAGGGCAUCCUGCGGCAUACGUUGGAUGCCACGGGCUUGAAGAAAGAUGUUGGAUACAGCUGGUCUACAGUUGUAGAGUCGUAUACGACCUGA